GGGCUAAUUGUUAGCUAUAAUUCUAGUACUUUUUUCAUUCGGAACUUGGAAGACGACUGCAUGGUGGACUUUCAUUUACUUUACUCUUUGUAUUGAAUCAUUCUUCUGCGGUUCAGGUGACAAUGGCGAGGGCCACUCAGCUCCCCUGGGAGAUAAUCGUAGAGACUCUCUGCCGAUUGCCGGUGAAGGAUCUUCUGCGGUUCAGGUCGGUGUCCAAGUCAUGGCGCUCCCUGAUCGACAGCCGCGAUUUCAUCAAGCUCCACCUCAAGCACUCGCCGGAAUCCACCUCCCACCACCGCCACCUCGGCCUCAUCUUCGGCGGCAGCAACGACCUCUGCUGGGCCGCCUUGUCCGAUCUCAAUUCGUUCACGCGACUCGCUUACCCGAUCGACAUCGGAACGGGAAUCGUCGUUGUCGGAUGCAGCCACGGAUUGCUCGCGCUCAUGAACUCCAAAGGAGAUAUGGCGAUCUGGAACCCUUUCACUCGGAAUCGGAGGUACAUUAAUUUGCCCAUAUCUGAGCAUACUAGUUGUUAUCCGUACCAGAUUUUCGAAGUUCUCCUCACUGGAUUCGGAUUCGAUCCGGUUUCCGACGAUUAUAAGUUUGUAUUGAUGAUCAAGUACAAUGGCAUAAUCGUUCAAUCCACUCACCUGGAAGUCAAGGUUUACAGUUUAAAGACCAGGAUCUGGAAGAAAUUUGAUCAUUUCCCUGAUAAAUACACUUACAUCCGCGACAAUGGCCUCCAAUUCCGUGAUGCUUUGCACUGGUUGGUGGAUUUGAAUCCGGAGAAAUCCGAAUCUAUACUUGUGUUUGAGCUUGGGUCUGAAAAAUUCAGCCAGAUGUCGCUGCCGGAUUACAAGGGGAUGGAGUCCGCUAGUCUUUUGAGGCUAGUGAAUCUGGGAGGGCGUUUUUGUGCUGCAAUGCUGCAGACAGUGCCUAACUAUGACCAUUUGCUUGAGUUCUCCGUGCGGAUUGAUGUGUGGGAGAUGAAAGAAUACGGAGUUAAGGAGUCUUGGGCUAAGUUGUUCUCUGUGGAUGCUUCAAACGCAGGGGGUCCGUUUAGAUCUUCAGUCCCGGUCGCGUAUUUGCAGGAUGAUGGUGGUCAGGUUUUGUUGCUGCAGGAUGGUGAUAAGCUCCUAGUGUUUGAUGUGAAAAGAGGGAGGGUCAAGAAAAGAGUGGGCUCUGGUUUUCCAUUCAUCUGUGAUGCCAUUGUUUAUGCAAAGAGCCUGGUGGGACUCGAUUUUGAAGAGACAACUUGGGGCCAAGAAGGGAAGAAGAAGGGCAACGACGGAAAGAAGAAGAAGAAGAGUGGUAAAAAGAGGUAAUUAUUAUACUCCGUAAUUUUUACUAAAAUAUAACCAGUAAGUUUUAACUAAUACCUUACUGCAUUUUGGGUUCUACUUUGGUUUUGAGUAGAGAUGAUUUCCUUUCAAAAGGAUUUAAACUGGUGUUGUGAAUGGUCAAUGGAGGAUCAAGAAGAGAACAUGAGGUAUCAUUAUUAAUGCUUAUAAGAGUUGUUUUAAUUUAAUGAUAUUUUUUCCCUAAUUAUAUGCAGUAUUUAAAUAGCGUGUAGCGUAUAAAAAAUGGGAGUAUAAAAAAAUGUAUUAUAACGUGUAGCGUUUCGCGGUUUCCGGCGGGUCGGAGCGUUUUCCGGCUAAAUCCGGCGAAAUUGACCGUGGGCACCAACUCCAAUGCGGUCGUGGCAUCCGGGCGACCUCCAAGGACCCCUCAAUUGCAAGAUUUGAUGAAGAUUUGCAAAACCCCCAAUUUUGGAUCCAAUUUCGAAUUUUAGGGUUUUUUCGAGUAGAAAAAUUCAGAUUCGAGAAGUUACAGGCCAAAUUAGACAAAAUGGUUUGGAU